CCUGCUGCCAUAAUGUUCGGGUGUUUUCUUGAUGUACCGACUUUCUAGUUCUUCUGGCGAGUCUGCAACGUACUAAUGUCUUGUGUUUACCCCCUGCGCAGGGUGCUGACCUUCUGGUAUCUGCCGGUGUUCAACGCCUGGCUGCUGUUGUGCCCCUGGACGUUGGCACACGACUGGCAGAUGGGCUCCAUCCCGCUCAUCACCUCCGUCAUAGAUACCAGGAACAUCGCUUCUCUUUUGUUCUACGGCGCCCUUGUACUUAUACUCAGAGCUGGAUGCUUGAUGAAGGGCCAGGAGGGGCGGGCGUUGCUGCUGGGGCUGGCGCUGCUGGUGCUGCCAUUCCUCCCGGCCACCAACCUCCUCUUCACCGUCGGCUUCGUCAUCGCCGAGAGGAUACUCUACAUCCCCAGCCUGGGCUACGCGGUGCUGGUGGGCGUGGCCCUCUCGCGGGCGGGACGGCUGAGGGCGCCCUGCCUCCUGCUGCUCCUCGUCGCCGCCUCCUGCAGGACGCUACAGAGGAAUCGGGACUGGGAAUCCAGGGAGACGCUCUUCUUGGCGGGCCUGAGGACGCUGCCCCACAACGCCAAGAUGCACUACAACUUCGCCAACCUGCAGAAGGACCUGGGUAACGCCGACCUCGCCAAGCUCCACUACAUAUGCGCCAUCAGACUGUGGCCGGGGCACUCGAGCGCCCACAACAACCUGGGCACACUUCUUAACGACACCUCGGAGGCCGAGAACCACUUCCGGAUGGCCCUCAAGGCCCACCCUCACCACGCCCACGCCUACUACAACUUGGCCAACCUCAGACAGCAGCAGGGUCGCAUGGUGGAGGCGGUGACGCUGCUGGAGGAGAGUCUGCGCUACGAUCCUACCAACAGGGAUGCGGUGUCGGCCCUGGCUGGACUCUACAGCGAGGCCGGACGCUCCACGGAGGCCGAGAGCCUCCACCUGGCACUCUUAGCUGCCCGGCCCUCAGACCCGGUGGUCCACAACAACUACGCCGCCUUCCUCCAGAAGAUCGGUCGUCGGGAGGCGGCACUGCGGCACUACGAGGCGGCACUGGGGCUCGACCCGGAGCACACCGUGGCACUGGUCAACACCGCCAGACUCAUGCGCACUCUACACAACAACAAUCAGGCCGAGAUGCUCUACAAGAGGGCGCUGGCGGUGGCCUGGGAGGCGGAGAUCGGGGAGAGUCUUGGGAAGCUGUAUCUCAACACUGGUCGCCUGGAGGAGGCUGAAUCUACCUUCACCAGCGUCCUCACCCACCACCCCCACAUGCUCUCCUCCACCGUGUACCUGGCGCGGGUGAAGCUUCAGCAGAGGAGCUACCUGGAGAGUGAAGAGCUGCUGCAAAAGGUGCUUGACCAGUCCCCCGGCCACCAGGAGGCGCUCUUCCAGCUCUCUCUCCUCUACACCCACACCAACCGCACCCAAGACGCCCUUAUUCUUGCCCAACAAGCCGCCCACAACUGCUCCAGGCCGCCCUAUCUCUGCGCCCGUCUCCACGCCCACUAUGGAGACCUCCUCAACGACAGACACAACGUAGAUGAGGCCGCCCAGAGUUACCUGCUAGCAGUGGAGUUGGAACCGACGCUCACCCACCCGCACAUCAACCUGGGGGCCCUCUACCACGCUAAGGGCGACUACACGCGCGCCUGGAGACACUACCUGACGGCGCACGGGCAGGAGCCCUCCAACACCCUCCUGCUGGAGAACAUGGAGAAGCUGAGACGGGCACAAGACCUCCAGGCACCCGCCAGCAUCCCCCACUGCCUCAAUAAGUCUUGAUAUAUAUUCCAAGACCCAAAGGUCCCAUUCGAAUCCUUUCUGAGCAUAAUUUUAGAUUAAUUGAUUUCUAUAGAAACGGAUCAGAA